AAGUCGGUGGCAGGCACUGGGGAAGCCGAGCCGCCGAGCCCGAGCCCGGCGCCCUGUGUUGUGCUCCGCUCUCCGGGAAAUGCCAUCACUAAUUUAUGCACUAAAAGGAGCCGGAGGAGCUGGAGAGACGCGGGGCCGAGCCGGGGAGGCCGGCGGAGGGAGGGAGGGCGCAGGCACUGACUGAUGUGCAGCAGAAAAUGGCUCCUUUCCCCUUUCCCUCCACCGAACGGCUCCAUAUUGCAAAACCAAAAAAAAAAACUUAGAAAGCGACGAAAAUGCAAUUGUGUGCCUCUUCCCUCCUAGCGGUGCAGGGAGAGGAAGAAAAAAGGCUGAAAAUGUUGGGAACUGUCACUGCGGCGCUUUUGGUGGGGGAUUUUUUUUCUUUAAUUUGAAAUGCGAAGGCACCGGAUGGAGACAGACGCGCAGGCACACGCACACACACACUCACACAGAGAGAGAGAGGCAUUAUUUUUGUGUUGCUGAGUAUUUGGGGGUGCUUGCCCGUGACAGCGGGCUCCAGGGCGCGGAGGGGGUGGUGGGGGGGCAGCUUGGCUGACGGUUAUCGGAUUAGGGGUCAAAUGGAGAAUGGCUGAAGCCCUCGCGGAGACUCGGGGCUGGGGAGAGGAGGAGGGGACUGAGACUUUGCAUUUAGGCUGCUUUGCACGCAGGGUUCCUGGUGAGCAAAGUGGCUUUGGAACAUGUCGCAGUAACAUGCUUAAAAUUCUUGACAACUGCAAAAUAAACUGCUAGUUUCAUUUUCCUUACCCCUCCCCUUUCUUCCUGCUCUUGUGUGUUUAUUUUGACUUGGGGAGGGUGUAUCAGGGACUGUGUCAGGCCUGCAGAAAUUUACCCUCACCGCCCCCCCAACAUCCACAGCUAAAUAGCUUUCGGUUCAUGAAGACAGAGUAGGGCCUUAUGUCAUUCCCCACCUGGAGGCCGCAAAGCUGGCUCGGUUUUUUUUUACGCCGUGUCCCCCUCCCUUUUCCCUUGCAAGAUAUAACACGUGGGAACCCGAGGAGAACAUCCUGGAUCCCCGGCUGCUGAUCGCCUUCCAGAACAGGGAACGGCAGGAACAGCUGAUGGGAUAUCGGAAGAGAGGGCCGAAGCCCAAACCGCUGGUGGUGCAGGUACCUACCUUUGCCCGUCGUUCCAAUGUGCUGACUGGACUCCAGGACUCCUCGGCUGACAACCGUGCCAAGCUGGAGCUGGGUGGUCAGGGCAAGGGCCAAGGGCACCAGUAUGAGCUCAACAGCAAGAAGCACCACCAGUACCAGCCGCACAGCAAGGAGCGGGCGGGCAAGCCCCCACCGCCCGGCAAGAGCGGCAAAUACUACUACCAGCUCAACAGCAAAAAGCACCACCCCUACCAGCCAGACCCCAAAAUGUAUGACCUGCAGUACCAGGGCGGCCACAAGGAGGCACCCAGCCCCACCUGCCCGGACCUAGGCGCCAAAAGCCACCCACCCGAUAAGUGGGCCCACGGCGGGGGGGCCAAGGGCUACCUGGGAGCUGUGAAGCCCCUGGCCGGUGCGGCCGGGGCUCCAGGCAAGGGUUCUGAGAAGGGUCCCCCCAACGGGAUGACGCCCGCCCCCAAGGAGGCGGUGACGGGCAACGGGAUUGGGGGUAAAAUGAAGAUCGUCAAAAACAAGAACAAGAACGGGCGCAUCGUGAUCGUGAUGAGCAAGUACAUGGAGAACGGCAUGCAGGCGGUGAAGAUCAAGUCCGGUGAGCCGGCCGAGGGCGAGGCGCGCUCCCCCAGCCACAAGAAACGAGCUGCUGAGGAGCGUCACCCCCCGGCCGACAGGACUUUCAAAAAGGCUGCAGGGGCUGAGGAAAAGAAAGCAGAAGCGCCCUCCAAGAGGAGGGAGGAGGAGGUGCCCCGGGCCGUUGACCCGCAGCCCCAGGAGGCCGGCUCCCGAAAGCUCUCCCCUACCAAGGAUGCUUUCAGCGAGCAGCCCCUGCAGCUCACCACCAAGCCUGACCUGCUGGCUUGGGACCCCGCCCGCAGCACACACCCGCCCUCUCACCACCACCACCACCACCACCAUCACCACCACCACGCUGUCGACCUAAAUCUCUCCCACGCGCGCAAGCGCUGCCUUUCGGAGACCCACAGCGAGCGAGAGCCCUGCAAGAAGCGCCUGACGGCGCGCAGCAUCAGUACCCCCACCUGCCUGGGGGGCAGCCCGGCUGCCGAGCGCCCCGCUGACGUGCCCCUCUCUGCCGCCCUCCCGCAGCCGGAGGUCAUCCUGCUGGACUCGGACCUGGAUGAGCCCAUAGACUUGCGCUGCGUCAAGACGCGCGGCGAGGCCGGGGAGCCGCCCAGCGCCCUCCAUGUGAAGCCCGAGGCGCCUGCGACCACGGGAGUGGCAGCUGCGCCGGCGACAGCGGCCGAGAAGCCUCCGGCCGAGGCCCAGGACGAGCCCGAGGAGCCUCUGAGCGAGUUCAAGCCCUUCUUUGGGAAUAUAAUUAUCACCGACGUCACCGCGAACUGCCUCACCGUCACGUUCAAGGAGUACGUGACAGUGUAGCCGGAGGGCGUCGGAAGGGGAAGCACUGUCCCUGGGAGCUUAGCACCCGGGGCCUGGGGGUGGACUCCUCCCUCUCCAACUGCGGGAGAUCCGGCCGGCCCCAGCACGAAAUGCCCGAAGCCGCAGCAACCGCGUCCUUCUGCGUCCCGCUGUAGGGUCCUGGCCGGGGCGCCGGGCCCGCACUGGCGCCUUCCACGCUGUGCCUGCGGGUCUCGCCCCCCACCUGCCCCAUCCCCUCUCUCGUGGACCUCCGGGACUGACAGGGCAACCACACUCGGUGGUCUCAGAGUUAUAGUAUUAUAUUUUAACCGUGCUAACUUGUCAAGUGCAGACUUUACUCCCGUUUGUACGUGGUGUUAUUGAAAUGUAUUGUUUGAGCUCAAAAGGCCCACCACCCCCUUCGGGCUGAUAUAUAUAUAUUUAUUUGUAGGUAUUUAUAUAUUGAAAUAUAAAAACCUAGAUUUAUGGAGUUUCCUCUAGAUCAUGUUAUAUUCUAUAUCAGACAAACUUAUUUUCUGUUGACCUUUCUACCCAUUCAUUCAGUAUUUCAGUUGAUUUCAUUUCCUCCCCUUCCAGGAACUGUAAUACCAGUAACCUUGGUAUAUAUUUUUUGAUACUGUACACAUGGAUGUGUUGUUUCUAUGUGCAAAAAAAAAGUUUGUUAAAAGGCUAAACGAGCUCUCUAGAAACUGCUGCUACUAGAAAUGUCUAAACUAUAAGCUUCCAGUUAUUACCUGCUUGAAUGUAAAUAUUAAAUGGAGAUGUUGAAGGUGCA